AGAUUGCCGGAAUAUGAGAUUCCCAUAUUCCAUAAUUGAUGUAGUAGUGGAAAUAUGACAGAACUUAAAUCCCAUCUUAAAUGACAGCUUUGUAAUAGUACCCCUUUAAAUAAAAGGGAUUUAACCCAUUCAAAGCGAUGUGAGAGAGGCAUUAAUUUCAUCAUUACUUUGCUUCAACAAUGAAGAAAUCAGGUUAAGAUGUUGGGUUCAUAUAUUUAAUAAGCAGAAUGUUUCGUGUGCCAUAAAGGUAAUUAAAGCUCUUCUUCUUCUUCCUGAAGCACUCUUGAAUUUCUAUCUAUUCAUGUCUUCAGCAUCAUCCAGUAAUAAAGAUAUAUUGAUUGACUUUUUCAUAUUUCAUACUGCAUUAUCUUGCCUGCACUUAAAUAGCAUACUAACCAGUAAGGCAAUAUUUAAUUGUAACUUUGGUAAUUACACCACAAGAUCUAGUUGUACAAAUACCAAAUAUGAAAAGAAACUCAAGAUUAUAUUAUUAAACCUUGCUAAAAUCUACCUAUAAAUAAUGACACAGAAGAUAAAGAUAAAGAGACUGUAAUGAUAAAAUUCCUUUGUGAGUGAUUUUGUUGUCCAAGUCCUAUAAAUACUUGUUCAAGUUCCAAUGAUGCAGCAAAGUCCACCAAUGGAGAAUAUGGUAUUGAAAACUUUACCAGCAGUCUUCAUUUUGUCACUUGUUUACUUUGCAACACUUUCUUCUUCGUAUCCUCUUUCGACAAAUGGCAGAUGGAUUAUUGAUGACCAAACCGGGCAACGUGUGAAGUUAUCAUGUGUCAACUGGGCAUCACAUUUGGAAACCAUGAUGGCCGAGGGCCUUGACAAGCAGCCACUCAGAAAUGUCGUUUCACAGAUUGUUCAAAACAAGUUCAACUGUGUCCGACUUACGUGGCCAACCUUCAUGUUCACUCGUCCAGAUUUUGGUUCACGUGCUGUCACUAACUCUUUUGAUUCUUUGAAUUUGACGGACGCCAAGGCUGGCUUCGCCAAGAACAAUCCUGAUCUCUUGAACAUGAAUGUAAUUCAAGUCUAUGAUGCGGUGGUUGAUGAACUCGGUGCACAAGGCGUCAUGGUUUUGCUUGAUAACCAUGUUAGUCUGCCCAAAUGGUGCUGCAAUAAUGACGAUGGAAAUGGCUUCUUUGGAGACACCUAUUUUAAUCCUGAUGAAUGGAUGUAUGGCUUACUUAUGGUCGCUAUGCAUUUUAGGGAUAAAAAACAGGUGGUGGCUAUCAGCACAAGAAAUGAACCGCAUGGUCCGCGACAAAAUGAAUAUGUUUGGCGGUUAUACAUCAGUAUGGGAGUAACAAUUAUUCACGGGGCAAAUCCGAAUGUUCUUGUGCCAGUUGGAGGACUAAAUUACGCCAGAGAUCUCGGCUUCUUGAAAGAUAGGACUUUGUUUUCGAUCAAUUUAGAUAACAAGUUGGUUUACGAGGCGCAUUGGUAUGCAUGGAGUGAAGGCGGCGCUGAUGCCUGGGAGGCGCAGCCAUUGAAUAGAGUUUGUGCUCAAAGUAGACAAUAUAUGAUGGACCAUUUAGCUUUUCUCACUGAGGGUGACAACCCAGUUCCUCUCUUUCUGGGUGAAUUCGGCAUUAACCAACAGGAUGUAAGUGUCUCUGAACGGCGGUACUUGUCUUGCGUUAUGGCUUUCUUGGCUGAGAGAGACUUUGAUUGGGGGUUGUGGGCUUUCCAUGGAGGCUAUUAUACCAGAGAAGGUCAAAUGGGGAUGGAGGAAACCUAUGGACUGCUUAAUGGCAAUUUUGACCAGCUCAGGAAUCCUACAUUUAUGGAAAACCUGCACUUUCUGCAAGGAAAGAUUCAAGAUCCAUUUUCAAGUCAGUCAAACUCCUAUGUAAUGUUCCAUCCAUUCACUGGCUAUCCUGUUCAUGUAAAUGAAAAAUCUGAGUUCUAUGUUAGCAGUAAUAUCAACCUCUGGAGCAGAUGGGGUCAUGAUGGCAAUGGAACUCCACUCAGGCUGCUGGGCACUGCUCUGUGCCUCACAGUUGUGGGUGAUGGACUUGAACUGGUUCUCUCAACUGACUGCUCCUCCCAACAGACUCUAUGGUCAGAAGUUUCACAAUCCAGCCUUCAAUUAGCAGCUAAAGAUGUAAAUGGUAACUUGUUAUGCUUGGACAAGUCUCCUGAUUCUUCUCAUAUUAUUGCUACAAAGUGUAUUUGUAUAGAAGAUGAUUCUAGCUGCCUGGAUGAUCCACAAAGCCAAUGGUUUAAGCUUAUUAGGACAAGUAAUUAGGAAUUCACAUUUUUCCACUUCUAUAAUAUAAGUUAAACUAUUGAUAUGAUCGUUAUUAAUUAGUGAUAUGAUUUUUUUUUUCUCACUUUAAAUCACAGGCGGCCCCAAGAAAUGUUUGUAUUUGUAGAAUUUCUACAGUGAUAUAUUCAAUUCAUGUAAUCACUUAUUUGCCCUUCUUA